UUAAAAAGUAAAUCUUGGUCACGAUCAAACAACAGAAACCCUAACAAAUAAGAUUGCUAAACAAAAGAUGUUUGAGCUAAUUUAUUGAAUUUUGAAACCCACUAAUUCUUUUGAGGCUUCUUGACCUUGGUGUAUAAACAAUUUGUGUCUGUGAAAGCCGGAAUCUAUUUAUUGUGAAAUAAUCCUGUAUUAUAUGCAGUCAAAUCAACGGUCAACGUCAAGUAAUCAACCUAAUUUUCCACGCAAAAGAAAUACACAUGUUCAAGGGUUGAAAUCUAGACUUCGAUCAAAUAUUAAUUCAAUUUUAUCCAAUUAUGAAAUGAUUUUAUCACGAUCCAAGAUUGACCCAAAUGAGGUUACUAAAGGUCUUGGUCCAUAUGCUCAGUGUGCUCAAGAUACAUUUGAAUUCAGCGUAAGAGCAGCAAAUAUAGUGCAUGCUUGUGAAAAUAUCACUCGUCUAGUAUCAGAAAUUAAACAAUUUUUAAUAUUAGGCGAUUUUCGGUGGUUAGCACGAGUGAAUUCAUUAAAUCAAGAAAAAUUGAUUCUUCGAAAAUUAGAUUUAGAUCGUGUCAGUAAUCGAUUACGUGAUAAACUUGUUGCUGAAUUACAUAACUUAGAACAAGAAACAAGUCCAGAUUAUCCUAUUAAUACUUUUCAAAAAAAAACUACAAGUUAACUGUUGUAUCUUCACGUACUUUUGUCAAUUAUAAAUAUCCAUUGAGUUGGUUAUAUCGAUAUUCCUUGGUGUUGAUCAUUCAUUCCUUAAUGGAAACUCUUAGUAAAUGAGAAAUUUUCUAUUCCUAAUCAACAAUGUAAACAUUGUUCUCUCCCCUUAAAUGAAAAAAAUUUUUACUUCAAAA